CAUCAACGGGUGCGCUGGCCUUUGUUUUCUCCUUUGUUCUCCCCAUCGACGAUAUUCUCUGUUGUCAAGCACCCAGAGAAAAUAUGCCUGAGCAAGUUCAGCGUAGGGAGGAGCAGGGGUCAAACUCCGGCUUCAAGGGUGCCCUUCAGGGACUGGGGUUUUUCUUGCUGGCCCAGUUUUUCGUCGGCCAAUUCUUUGGAAAACAGCAAAAUGCGACAUCUGGCGCGCAGCCUGGUGGCAUGCCUUCCUUUGCUGAUCGUCCAGCUCUGAGCGAAAUCACGAACUACAGUCCUGUCCCCGAAGUUGUUGCCCCAAUAUGGCCUGCUGACAGUGCCUUGGAUAUGAACAUCUACGUUUCGCCAUCUCUGAUACUACCUACCUUCAAAUCCCUCCCGCAAGGCUCUCUUGUGUUGGAGGAGAAGAAUUUCACGAUUGGCAAUUACAGCGAUAGUAGGGAGAUUGACACUACCAUCAAGAUUCCUAAGGAAGUUCAGCAAAACGGAACACUCUGGGCACACUUUUACGUCGGGCUUACUGGCCAUCAACUCGACCCCUCCGCGAAAGACUACAGCACUGAUAAUGCUAUCCACUUUUUCCGUCCGCUCAACCAGUAUCUUCCCAAGAAAAAGGUUAAGAAGUUGAAGAAUCUCCUGGCUUCUGACGAGGCUGAGGAGGAAGCAGAGGAUAACACACCCGAUGUACAGGUUGUAUCCUACUAUCAUCCGAACUUCACUGUUUCCGUUAUUCCCGAUUCUGGAACCCAGCAGUAUCGCCAGGUUCACCCCGCCGUGCGACAGCAUAUGCUCCUGGAAGCGACUGGCGCCAGGGACCUGUCUGGCCAAAAGGGGUGGUACUAUCCUAUCGUUUUCUUGAACACCUUCUGGCAACUCAAGACCCAUAUGGUAGAGUUGAACUCGACAGUUGAUACCAUGCCACUGCGCAUCACUCUUAAUAACUUGCAGAACUGGAAGUUCAGCAUGAUGACUAGUGUUGAUGAGGGUGCGAAGCAGAACGCUCGGCAAGCUGCUUACGGCGGCUCGACUCCCGGCGGCGGUGACGGCAGCGAGUUUGAGAUGAUCAAACAAGUCCUCUUGGAUACAAAUAUCUGGCUAUUAGGUACAACCGGGGUUGUUACUAUUCUCCACAUGGUGUUUGAAACGCUUGCCUUCAAGAACGACAUUUCCCACUGGCGCAAGAAGAAAGAUGUCGUCGGAACUUCCGUCCGUACCAUCUUGGCCAAUGUCUUCAUGCAGGCCGUUAUCUUCCUGUAUCUAAUGGACAACAGUGAGAAUACCUCCUGGAUGAUUCUUGCUAGUCAGGGAUUCGGUAUUCUUUUGGAAGCGUGGAAAAUCACCAAGACCGUGGACGUGCGCCUGCGACCUCCACCCAAUAACUCCUUCUUCUCUUUCCUUCCUUUCGUGGUGGUCUUUGAAGAUAAGCAUAAGCUCACCGAAACCGAGCAAAAGACCAAGGAGUAUGACGAAAUUGCUUUCCGCUGGCUCUAUAUCCUUGCUGUUCCUCUCCUCGGUGUGUAUGCAGCCUACAGCUUGGUCUAUGAGACACACAAGUCGUGGUACUCUUAUAUCAUUGAGACUCUUGUCGGUAGUGUGUACGCUUAUGGGUUCCUGAUGAUGGUCCCUAGCUUGUACAUCAACUACCGCUUGAAGUCUGUUGCCCACAUGCCAGGCAAAGCAUUGACGUACAAGUUCCUCAACACUUUCAUUGACGACCUCUUUGCUUUUACUGUCAAGAUGCCAUGGCUCCACAGACUUUCCACUUUCCGUGAUGACAUUAUCUUCUUUGUCUGGCUUUACCAAGGCUGGAAGUACAAGGUUGAUUAUAAGCGUGUUAACGAAUUCGGUCAGGGAGGUGAAAGUGAUGAAGAGGAAGAGGAAGAGAAGCCAGCUCCUGUCGAAUCGGAGAAGAAGGCCGAGGAAUCUCCUAAGGCUUCUGGAAAGGAGAGCUCUAAGUCCUCUAACAGCAGCCGCAAGAGGAAGUAGAAUGGGUCUUUCACGGGAGUCGGGCGACAUGCUAGCGCUUUCCCGUCGAAUAUCAAUGCUUCUUGCAUUUCAAAGCCCUGGAGUUGACGGUUAUGGAAAUUGCGAAAUUGAGGGUUAUUUCAGCUUCUAGUGGUAUACAUCGAGUAGUCGGUGCUAUCAUGUUGGGGCUUUCGCUCUCUGAUCGCUUUGAUAUAUUUUUCUCCGAUCAACUUUCGGUGACGACUGUGUAUUUUACAUUAA